UGCACAGAUUAAAAAAAUAAAAAGGAAAACAAUGGUUUUAAAUUUUUCGUGUAGUGUUUGUUUUUCUCUCCAACAACCACUUUUAUUAUAUUUGAAAAAAUUUGUAUGAAAUGGAUGAAAUUGAAGAUGCGACAGAUCCGCGAGAGCAAAUGUUUCAUAACAAUGUUCGGGAGCAAAUCAUAUUUAUGCUCCUGUUCAUGGUGCUGUAUGUCAGCUCGUAUGGUAUUAUACGAUGGUUUCGACGUAAAGAACGUGAAGAUUAUUUUGGAACGGAUGAAGAUGAGGUGACUGUGUAUCGGAUUAGUUUAUGGCUGUGUACAUUUUCAUUGAGUGUGGCCGUUGGAGCUGCACUGCUCUUGCCUUUAUCAAUAUUAAGUAAUGAAGUGCUCAUUUUAUAUCCAAAAAGUUAUUAUGUUAAAUGGCUGAAUAGUUCUCUAAUACAGGGUUUAUGGAAUUAUGUGUUCUUAUUUUCGAAUCUAUCAAUGUUUGUACUAUUACCGUUUGCAUAUUUAUUCACAGAAUCAGAAGGAUUUGUUGGACAUAAAAAAGGGAUCAUGUCUCGUGUUUACGAGACCUUCACAGUUCUAUCGUUACUCGCAUUUAUUGUGCUUGGUCUAACUUAUGUUAUAUCAGCAUUAAUUGAUAGAGAUCGAUCUAGUUUAUAUAUGUUAUUCAAUUUUUGGAGUUAUUAUUUGCCAUUUUUAUAUUCAUGCAUAUCAUUUAUUGGUGUUUUGAUGCUGUUGGUGUGUACACCGUUAGGAUUCGUACGAUUAUUCGAUGUAGUUGGACAAUUCUUAGUGAAACCACAAUUUCUUCGUGAUAUCAACGAAGAUUUUUGUGCGUAUGCGUUAGAAGAGGAAAGUGUUCGACGUCGUUUACGGCAUGCUGAACAAACUGGUGCAUCUUAUGUUAGUCCAACGCCUAUGACUUCCUUAGGCACGUGUGGACCAGUAUUAUUGGAUGAAAAAGAUACAUCAGUUGGUUUGUUACGACUCCGUAAUGGUGAAUUAAAGGCUGGUUUAGAAAAACGUUUAGAAGAAAUUGAAAAUAAACGAAAAAUUUUACAAAAACAACGUAAUACAUCCGCAUUUCAACGUAAUCUUGUCUAUCCGCUGGCAUUGUUAUUAUUGUUGUUACUAACAGGUGUUACAGUAUUAAUGGUCGUACAGAACACGCUAGAAUUAUUAAUUGGAAUCAAAGCGUUGCCACUCAGCACAAGGCAAUUUACUUUAGGUAUUAGUUCGUUAUCAAUGCUGGGCCCAUUUGGUGCAGCUUUAGAAAUCAUUUUAAUAUUAUAUUUAAUAGCUACAUCGUAUAUUGGUUUAUAUUCAGCGCCAUUGAUGCGUAGUGUUCGACCACGCAUCAGACAAACACCAUUCUCACAAGUUAUUGGUAAUUGUGCUCUAGUCCUUAUAUUCAGUUCAGCUUUACCAUUAUUAUCCAAAAUAUUAGGUAUAACAAAUUUCGAUCUGAUGGGUGAUUUUGGUCGUAUCGAAUGGUUGGGUAAUUUUAAAAUUGUAUUAUUAUACAAUUUAGUGUUUGCAACAGCAGCAUCUUUAUGUUUGAUCAAUAAGUUUACAGCGUCCGUACGACGUGAAUUGUACGCGCGGUUAGUUGAGAACUACACUUAUCUAACAAAUUGUGUAUCAUUCAUUUUAUUGCUUGGCAAAGCAUGCCAUUUAUAAAAAUAAUAAUAAUUAUUAAUAUUCAUUUUAUUUAAUUAUUAAAUGAUAAUCAUUAUUUUGUAUUCAUUCAUUCAGUUAACAAAGUGUGUUUUUAAUAACCUGGAACGAGCGUUCAAACUAUUAAGUUACCUACACUCCGACAAGAACCCGUUUUGAACAAAGUAGAACGGUAAAAGUGACGACCGUUGAUUUACUUAAUAUUUGAACGCUCCCUUUCAAGUACUUUUUUUAAAAUUGCCUUGGAAAAAACACAGACAUCGCUACGCCACGCGUUCUCGUAUUUUAUUUAUUUAUUUAUUUUUGUUUUUUUUUUUUUUUUAAUCGUUUUAUAACGCUACAUUUUCCAUCACCUCCACAUCAUUCAUUUUAACAAUAUAUACUUAGUGCCCUUAAAAAUCGACUGGCGACAAGCGACUGUCGAUAAAUAAUAGAAUGAUCCAAAUAACUCUACUGAAUCGUGAUUAAACCAUUGAUUAUUUUUUACUUGUCGCUCAACACUCUGGUUGGAAUCAUUAUGCCAGACCGGUUUUCUAUUAAUAUUUUUAAUAUUUGUAAAACUUUAAAGUAGGGUGCGUUCACAAUGUAAUAACUUUGAACGAUCUGUUUUUUUGAGGCAUAAUAAUUUGUCUCCAUUCACUUAAAAAGUAGGCCUAAUUGUACGAUUUUAAAAAUAUUAUGUA